AGUCUGCUAUGACACCGGCUGUGCCUCUUUGUAGUAGUGCACAGGGCAGCGGAACAGCUGAACUGCCCCGAAAUAACGCGUUAGGAGCUGUGCAUGGGGCUGUGUUGCCCUGCAGCCGGGGAGGCGGAGAGGACGUGUCAGGGAAACAAGCAGUGCCUUCUUAUCCUCUGCAGAUCUCAUUGGGAGAGAGGCCCCUGGAGGGACCCGGAAGCAAAAGUGACCUGCAGCUGUAAGGAGCCUGAGUGUACGGGCACUGCUGCAUGGGAAGGCUGGCACUGGGAAUGGGGGAUCAGCAUGAGGAUCUGCAGCACACCGCUAGUAGCAGCCAAGAGUUUCAAGGAGAAGAGGAAACGGAGGGCAGCCAAGGGGACCAGGAAAUCUCUGAGUGUAAAAGUGCGCAGACAGACCCCUGGGUACUGCAGAGUAUAGUAAAUGUGGGGGUUGCCGGUGACCCCAUAGAACAUGACAGUACAAGGGUGAAGGACGCCCUGGGUCAGCCUCAGCCUGUGGAGCUUGGAGUCGGUGGUCAUCACCAAUCUGAUGAUCAGGGGGUAACUGAUAAAUCCCAAGCUAGGGAGUCAGUGUGUUUGGGUAUGCCCCACUUAGGGGAACAGGGGGUCAUGGGUCAACCACAGGUUAAGACACUAGAGGUCAUUGAUCAGUCUGCAGGUCAGAAAGAGGUCACUGGUCUUUCCCACGCAGAGGACCAAGGGUUUAUUGGUCACUACCAUACAGUGGAACAAGGUGUCUUUGAUGAAUCUCAUAUUGGGGAACAGGGUGUAAGGGGUUAUUCCCAGGUUACAGAUCAAGGGGUCAUUCACUGUUGCCAUGUAGGGCAGCCCAGGGUAAUUGAUUGUUCUGUGGGACAGCAGAAAGUGUUGUGUGCACCCCACAGAGAGGGUGUUAGAGUUGAGACACAGGACUUUCAGUGGACACCAGUGCAGGAGGUUACUCCAGCAAGGACAGUGGACAGUGAGACUAAGCAAUGCCAGCCUGGAGCUGGGAUGUUUACACAUACUCAAGAUGCACAGGGUGGCACUAUUGGAAGCCCAAAAACAAAGAGGCAAAGUGUAUUUUGCACUGUAUACUGUGUGGAGAAUGACUUUUCAGAAGGGCUUCCCCCUAUGCCCCCUACUGAGCAGGGCACUAUGUCUGAAGGCCCCAUAAAGAGCAGUCAGCCAGUGAAUGGAGAGUUAACCCUUUCCCCUGCCAGCCUGGAGCUGGAGCUUUCCCCCUUCCUGAUAAACAGCAGAGGGGAUUCCCUGCACAAGGUGUUGAUGAGCUGCCGAGUUUGUUUAGAGGAUAAACCAAUCAAACCUCUUCCAUGUUGCAAGAAAGGUGUCUGUGAGGAUUGUCUUAAAAGAUAUCUCAGUUCCCAGGUUCAGCUGGGACAAGUAGAGAUAAAAUGCCCGAUAACAGAGUGUGAUAAACACCUUGAUGAGUCAACCAUCUUGUAUAGCCUGCCACAUGAUGACAUCAUCAAGUACAAAUACUUCCUGGAACUCAGUCACAUGGACUCCAGCACCAAACCCUGCCCACAGUGCAAGCACUUUACAAUCUUCAAGAGGAAAAGCCACAUUCCAACCCCCACCAAAUCUGAGAACAAAUUCAAAAUUCAGUGCCCAUCUUGCCAAUUUGUAUGGUGUUUUAAGUGCCAUUCUCCGUGGCAUGAAGGUGUUAACUGUAGAGAGUACAAGAAAGGGGACAAGCUGUUGCGUCACUGGGCCAAUGAGAUAGAGCAUGGGCAGAGAAAUGCCCAAAAAUGUCCAAGAUGUAAGGUCCAUAUUCAGAGAACAGAAGGCUGUGACCACAUGACCUGUUCUCAGUGUAACACUAAUUUCUGUUACCGUUGUGGGGAGCGAUACCGCCAGCUUCGAUUCUUUGGAGAUCACACGUCAAACCUCAGUAUAUUUGGAUGCAAAUACCGCUACCUCCCUGAGAGACCGCAUGUAAGGAGAUUAGUGCGAGGCUCUGUUUGUGCUGGAAAGCUACUCAUUGCACCCCUGUUACUAGUUCUAGGCAUUGCACUUGGAGCUAUAGCAGUCGUAAUAGGAGUAUUUGGGUUACCUGUCUAUUGCCUUUGUAAAAAGCAACGUAAAAGGACGCGGACAGGUAUGCCCUGGUAAAAAUGGGGGGACCUCCUGAAGCUUGAAUCAGUUCUGCGGGGGCUAUACUUGCUUUGUAGCAUGGAGCACUAUACUCUUGAAGCCACAUAGUGCUGGAAUUCAAGUCGACAAUAGAAGAUCUGAUGCUCCAACUUCCGUACAGCUCCCAAAGGCAGACUAUAAUGCCACCUUUUCCUGGUGCACUCCCAGUUGGACAUGCCCAGAAUUGCUGCUUAUUUUUAUUUGUAAUAUUUGUAUGUUAAUUUUGGAACAUUGUUUUAAUUGCCAUUCCCUUUAUAGAAAUGUAGAUUUAGGAUUAUGUUCCUAUUCCUAAGACAAUCAAAAUAAUUUCCCUGUGCAGAACUUGAAGGCAUGGAGGUCCUGUGUUUUCCUGUACCACCUUUAAUCACUGGACAAGUACCAAAGGAGACCUGGUGGACACUGAAAGUCUAAGUUCUAUUUACUCACGUCUGACAUGUUCAAGCCAGUUAAAUGGCCUCUACAAUGCAAUUCAACAAUGCAACAAUUGUGUGUCAGCCACACUAAAAGCCACAAGAUAACACAUUACUGUCAUGUUCUCCCGCAUAAUAUAGUUAACAGUAAAGAACCAUGAUUUAGAGGGAUUCCUUAUGGCAGAAUAGGCUACAAAUUGCAAGCCUUGUGCUAUUAUGCUUAUUUGUGGAUUUUAUUUUUAAUAUAUUAUGUCAUCCUUUUUUUAUUUUUUAUUUAUUUAUUUUUUAAAAACAGCUCCCUGACAUAACGUUUAAUAUCUCUCUUAUUGGUGGGUGAUGACUUGUUACUAAAAGAAACUAUGGUCAUCAUUUCAUCAUCUGCCUGCUAUCCAUGUAAUAAGUAAGAUCACGUUCCUUAGGUUUUCUAAAUGUGGAUAAGAGCACCUUUUAUUAUGCAGUGCUGUCAUCGUAAAGGGGCACAGCAAUUACACACAUAUACACACACACACAGUGCAAUUAUUUUAUAUCUUAUGGUGACACGCAGCUUACAAACAUUGUAACACUAAUAUAAAGAGUUGUCUAUUUAACCUAUUUUAACAUUAUCGUCUCUGAGAAAAAUGCUCUGAUGCAAAUGGUAAUUCCCCCCCCCCCCCAUGUAUACAGUGUCAGGAUUGGGCUCUCAUAUUAUGCACUGCAUUUGCCCUACUGUUAGAAUUUUCCGUCUUCUGUAUGUUUUAGAAUCAUUUACUGUUUUAAUAAGUUCUUACUUAGUGUCAGAGGAUCACUUCAGCAACAAAACAAGUAUUUAUCUUACAAAUAAUUGUUUCAUAGACGAGUGACUUGCUAGUUUGUGUGUUGCUGUGGGUGCACAGACCUACUUUGUUAUAGUUAUUAUUCUUUGGUUGGUAAACGUCACUGGUCUCAUUGGACGGUAGCAUUACUGUAAGCUUUCAAGUACUUAGAUGUAAUUGGCUGGUUGAGCAGCCAUGUUUAUAUCAGGAAGAUAAGCAUGGUUCUUUACUCUCAAAAUUCUCACUUCAGGGAACUUUUGAUUAUUUCUUCAUAUGAGAAAAUCUAGACCCAUUUCAGUUCUGUAGAAAAGCGCGGCACCCUAAUUUUGAAGUUAUAGCCAAACUUUUACAUUUGUUAUGCCAAACCGAGGGGUUAUAGUAAUUUUUUAUAUCUUUUGAGCAAAUUACAUUUAUGAAGUAUGAAUGGAGUGCUUUCACUUGCCCAUCUUUUUAAGAGGACAGCUUUAUUGAGUUUUCAUUUACUAAUGAAAGUGAAGCAUAGCUUGCUAUUUUGACCUUAUUGUAUGCCAACUUUUUUCAUUAGUACUUAUUGGUGAGCUUUAUGGUUUAGCUAACGAAUAUUUUCAAAUGGGAAUGGCACACAUUGCUUCAUACACAAUUACAUGUAUUUUAGUUUAGUUUUUUAAAUAUCCUUGAACAGUGCCUAUGUUUCAUCUUUACACUGCAGCUCAGUAUACGGCUAUUAAAGGUUUUUUAACGUAAAUUUAUUUAGAAUAUA